GGCGCAGGAGGAGCAGGAGCCAUUUUUACCAUUCAAGCGGAGUUGCGCGUAUGGUGCGGAGGUGUUGCUGCCGCUGCUGUUGUUGUUGUUGCCGGCGUGUGUGAGUGUGUGUGUGCGCGCAUGUGAGAGCGACUCCGGCCAAGGUUACUGCGGGUUUAUCUCCUAAAAAGCAGCCUGGAGAGAAGUGCGCCCGCUGAGAGCAUGGCUGUUCUGCAACAAAGAGGAAAGUCACAGGCGGAAAGUUUAAAGAAAUAAGGAGCAGCAGGAUUUCCCACUCGGAGACUCGUCGGAACACGCACUGAGGAGCGAUGCACUUCGUUAAAUGGGAUUUGUUGCUCAUAUUGUGGUGGUGUAAACUGGUUUCGCUGGUGCAUUGUUUCACUGUUCACGUCGGUGAGGAUGCGGGGCCAAUGACGGCGGUGGCCGGCGUGGAGCGUGGCGCACGGUGCGCUUUGGAUCAGGUCCUCGCUCCAAGGUUCACGGAGCGGUUCCUGGAGACGGACGCGGCGGCGGGCUCUGUGUUUGUGUCGGACUCGAUAAAGUGCGUCUCGCUGCGCUCCAACCCCUUCACCGUGUACACUGUGGCGGACUGCACGGACUCCGGCCACCGGCACCUCCUGACCAGCCAGUACGACGUGUAUGUCCACGGCAGGAACUGUUCACACACGCGUAAAUGGAAACCUCAGUGGGACAUGGAGGUCCUCAGUUUGCUCAGCGCUCACAGCCGCCACCGCUCAGAGUGCCACCAGGCGCACUCCGCUUUAUUUCCAGUGGGAGGUCUGCUGCCUGGAACCCCCGUCCGCUGCAAAGUCACCAACAGCCGUGAGUUUUACUUCUCUGAGGGGAACUUGUUUGUGUCUGAGACGCUGUGCUGGAGGCAGGACACCCUCCUGGAGCUGGACCUGCUGUGUGAUGUGCUCACAGGAGAGGGGCUGGAUGUUAAAGUCUCCCCCAUCGCCAUCCACUGGCGUGUGGGGCAGGGUCAGUUCAGGCAGGGCCACCUGGAGAAACUGUUAGAAAAGGCAGCUCAGACUGAUUCAGGGAUUGUGAGCAGGAGGAGGAGAAGCAUCAACAGCAGCCCCCAGUUUCAGCCCCCCAUGUACCAAGUGUCUGUGGCAGAGAAUCAGCCAGCUGGGACUUCUGUUGUUGUUUUGAAAGCAGUGGAUGCGGAUGAGGGGGAGGCAGGCAGGCUGGAGUAUUUCAUAGAGGCUCUCUUUGAUAGCCGCUCUAACAAUCUUUUUGCCGUGGACCCGGCCAGUGGUGUUGUGUCCACUGUGGAGGUACUGGACCGGGAAACAAAAGACACACACGUGUUUCGUGUGACCGCAGUUGACCACGGCACGCCUCGACGUACAGCCAUGGCCACACUCACUAUCACAGUCAGUGACACUAAUGAUCACGACCCCGUGUUUGAGCAGCAAGAUUACAAGGAAAGCAUCAGGGAGAACCUGGAAAUAGGCUAUGAGGUGUUAACGGUGAGGGCCACAGAUGGGGACGCCCCAGUUAAUGGGAACAUCCUUUAUCACAUCCUUAACAGUAAUGGGACCAAUGAUGUGUUUGAGAUUGAUUCGAGGUCUGGUGUGAUCCGUACGAAAGGCCUGGUGGACAGGGAGGAGGUGGAAGCGUAUAUGCUGUUAGUGGAGGCAAAUGACCAAGGUCGUGACCCGGGGCCCCGCAGCGCCACAGCUACUGUCCACAUUGUGGUGGAGGAUGACAACGAUAAUGCUCCUCAGUUCAGUGAGAAACGCUAUGUGGUCCAGGUGCCGGAGGACAUGACCCCCAACAGUGAGAUCCUGCAGGUCACCGCCACAGACCAGGACCGAGGGAGCAACGCUGUCGUUCACUUCAGCAUCAUGAGCGGAAACACACGUGGACAGUUUUACAUUGAUGCUCAGACAGGUAAAAUGGACCUGGUGAGCCACCUGGAUUAUGAGGCCAACAAAGAAUACACGCUAAGAAUCAGAGCUCAGGAUGGAGGCCGCCCCCCGCUGUCCAACAUCAGCGGCCUGGUUACGGUGCAGGUGCUGGAUGUUAAUGACAAUGCCCCCAUUUUCGUCAGCACCCCGUUCCAGGCCACGGUGCUGGAAAAUGUGCCGCUGGGUUACUCCAUCAUCCACAUCCAAGCUGUGGAUGCAGACUCUGGAGACAAUUCCAGGCUGGAGUAUCGUCUCACUGAAACCACGCCAAACUUCCCCUUCGCCAUCAAUAACGGCACGGGGUGGAUUGUAGUGGCGGCUGAGCUGGACAGGGAGAGCGUAGAUUUUUACAACUUUGGAGUGGAGGCCCGCGAUCACGGCUACCCUGUCAUGUCAUCUUCAGCCAGCAUAAGCAUGACGAUUCUCGACGUCAACGACAACAACCCCGAGUUCACUCAGAAGGCGUAUUACAUGCGACUGAAUGAGGAUGCAGCCGUGGGGACCAGCGUGGUGACGGUGUCAGCCGUGGACCAGGACAUCAACAGCGUGGUGACCUAUCAGAUAUCCAGCGGAAACACACGCAACAGAUUCUCCAUCACGAGUCAGAGCGGCGGCGGCCUCAUCACGCUGGCUCUGCCUCUGGACUACAAACUGGAGCGCCAGUACGUCCUCACUGUCACUGCCAGCGACGGCACCCGCUUUGACACCGCUAAGGUGUUUGUUAAUGUCACUGAUGCCAACACACACCGGCCUGUGUUUCAGAGCUCACAUUACACCGUCAACAUCAACGAGGACAGGCCUGUGGGCACCACUGUGGUUGUAAUAAGCGCCACAGAUGAGGACACAGGUGAGAACGCACGCAUCACCUACUUCAUGGACGACAGCAUCCCUCAGUUUGACAUCGAUCCAGACUCGGGCGCUGUCACCACCCAGAUGGAGCUGGACUAUGAGGACCAGGUUUCUUACACGCUGGCCAUCACUGCUCGGGAUAACGGCAUCCCACAGAAGUCUGACACAACCUACCUGGAGAUAUUAGUGAAUGAUGUUAAUGACAACUCCCCCCGUUUCCUCAGAGACCACUAUGUGGGCUCGGUGAUGGAGGAUGUACCAGUAUUCACCAGCGUGGUCCAGGUUUCUGCCAUCGAUAGAGACUCAGGGCUCAACGGCCGUGUCUUCUACACUUUCCAGGGCGGUGAGGACGGGGAUGGGGACUUCAUAAUCGAGUCCACCUCUGGCAUCGUUCGCACGCUGCGCAGACUAGACAGAGAAAAUGUUCCUGUUUACAGCCUGCAGGCCUUCGCUGUAGAUAAAGGCGUUCCUGCUCUGAAAACACCAGUAAACAUUCAAGUAACAAUCCUGGAUGUGAAUGACAACCCUCCUGUGUUUGAGAAAGAUGAGUUUGACAUCAUGGUGGAGGAAAACAGCCCCAUAGGCCUUGUGGUUGCAUACAUAUCAGCUACGGAUCCGGAUGAAGGCAGCAAUGCACAAAUUAUGUAUCAGAUAGUGGAGGGAAACAUCCCAGAGGUGUUUCAGCUGGAUAUCUUCUCUGGAGAGCUGACUGCAUUAAUAGACCUGGACUACGAGUCGAGGUCCGAGUAUGUUAUAGUGGUCCAGGCCACCUCCGCCCCUCUGGUCAGCAGAGCCACUGUCCACAUAAAACUGGUCGACAAGAACGACAACGUGCCCGUGCUGAAAAACUUCCAGAUCAUCUUCAACAAUUAUGUGACCGACAAAUCGAGCAGCUUCCCCACAGGAGUGAUCGGACGCAUCCCAGCCUUCGACCCUGAUGUCUCAGAUCAGCUCCACUACAGCUUUGAGGUGGGAAAUGAGCUGAACCUGGUGCUCCUGAACCAAAGCACGGGGGAGAUCCAGCUGAGCCAGGCCCUGGAUAACAACCGGCCCCUGGAGGCCUCCAUGAGGAUCUCUGUGUCAGAUGGCGUCCACUCAGUGUCGGCUCAGUGUCUCCUCCAAGUCACCAUCAUCACAGAUGAAAUGUUGUCCAACAGCAUCACAUUACGACUCGCCAACACCUCCCAGGAGCACUUCCUGUCGCUGCUGCUCGCUCAGUUCCUGGACGGUGUGGCCCGAGUCCUGUCUGCUGCCCCCGAAGACGUCGUCAUCUUCAACAUCCAAGACGAUACAGACGUCAGCGCUCGCAUCCUCAACGUCAGCCUGUCCGUGGCUGUUCCUGUGUUUGCGGAGGGACAUCAGCGUCCUCCAGGACUCGGUCACGGAGGAGAUCGUCCCGGUAGAGGCCUGGAAACUGGAGAGUUCUUUGGCUCGGAGGAGCUCCAGGAGAGGCUGUACUUAAACCGCAGCCUUCUGGCUCAGAUCUCCUCCCAGGAAGUUCUUCCCUUUGAUGACAACAUCUGCCUGCGUGAGCCAUGUGAGAACUACAUGAAGUGUGUGUCGGUGCUGAAGUUCGACAGCUUGGCGCCGUUUGUUGCGUCUGACACCAUCCUGUUCAGACCCAUCCACCCCAUCGCAGGGCUGCGCUGCCGCUGUCCCACCGGCUUCACUGGAGACUACUGCGAGACUGAGAUCGAUCUCUGCUACUCUAAACCCUGCGGAGCUCACGGAGUGUGUCGCAGCAGAGAGGGAGGAUACACCUGCGAGUGCUUCGAGGACUACACAGGAGAGCGCUGUGAGCUGUCGUCCCGUUCAGGCCGCUGUGCUCCGGGAGUCUGUAAGAACGGAGGCUCCUGCGUGAACCUGCUGGUCGGCGGCUUCAAGUGCGAGUGUCCACCGGGCGGCUACGAGAAGCCCUACUGCGAGAUGACCACACGCAACUUCCCGCCACACUCCUUCCUCACCUUUAAGGGCCUCCGGCAGCGCUUUCACUUCACCCUCUCUCUCACAUUUGCCACCAAAGAAUCCAACGGUUUGUUGCUCUACAACGGCCGCUUCAACGAGAAACACGACUUCAUCGCCAUGGAGAUCAUCAAUGAGCAGAUACAGCUCACUUUCUCAGCAGGUGAAGCGAAGACAACAGUUUCCCCGUACAUCCUCGGAGGAGUCAGUGACGGCCAGUGGCAUGUGGUGGAAGUUCACUACUAUAAUAAGCCCGUCUUCAGCCAGGCCGGCCUCCCUCAGGGCCCCUCGGACCAGAAGGUCGUUGUCUUGACGGUGGACAACUGUGACACCUCCGUCGCUCUGAGGUUCGGUCACAUGAUCGGAAACUACACCUGCUCUGCUCAGGGCAGCCAGUCAGGAUCCAAAAAAUCUCUGGAUCUGACCGGCCCGCUGCUCCUCGGAGGAGUCCCCAAACUCCCUGAAGAUUUCCCUGUUCGCAACCAGCAGUUUGUGGGGUGUAUGAAGAACCUGCGUAUUGACAACCAGCACAUAGACAUGGCCAGCUUCAUCGCCAACAACGGCACUCUGCCCGGAUGCUCUGCCAAGAGACAUUUCUGCAACAAUAACCCGUGUCUGAACGGAGGAACCUGUGUGAACCUGUGGGGCUCCUUCAGCUGUGAUUGCCCGCUUGGCUUUGGAGGGCAUAACUGCGAAAGAGUUAUGGCCAGCCCACAGCGUUUCCUUGGUAACAGCAUGUUGCAGUGGAACAACCUGGCGGCGGCGUCCUCCGUCCUCUGGCAUGUGGAGCUCAUGAUCCGCACACGUCAAGCCAGUGCCACACUGCUGCACAUCUCCUCCGGCCUGCAGCACAACCUCACACUGCAGCUGCGAGGGGGGAGUGUGUUGAUGGGGCUACACAGGGGGGAGGACUCCACUCUCUCCCGGGUAGAAGAGGUUCUGGUGAACGAUGGAGAUUGGCAUCAUUUGCAGCUGGAUAUUAGCAGUCUGGGAGGAGCAGCGAGCCGCCACAAGGCUGUGCUGUCUUUAGACCAUGGACUCUACCUGGCCAGUAUGGAGGUGGACGGGAAGCUACGGGACUCAAAGCUAAAGACUGUCAGCGUUGGAGGUUUGGCAAGACCUGAUGGGAAAGUUCAACAUGGCUUCCGUGGCUGCAUUCAGGGUCUUCGUGUUGGUGGAGCUCUGAGUCUGUCUCAGGCCAGGAAGGUGAAUGUGGAGUCGGGCUGCAGCGUCCCCGACCCCUGCAGCUCCAGCCCCUGUCCGUCCAACAGCUACUGCAGCGACGACUGGGACAGCUACUCGUGCACGUGCCUCAACGGUUACUAUGGAGCCAACUGCACUGACGUUUGCUCGUUGAACCCCUGCGAACACGAGUCAGCGUGCACCAGGAAGCCGGGCUCCUCUCGCGGUUACACCUGCGACUGUCCGAGCAACUACUUCGGCCGCUACUGCGAGAAAAAGACCGACUUGCCGUGUCCCAGAGGUUGGUGGGGUCACAAGACCUGCGGUCCUUGUAACUGUCAGACAAACAAAGGUUUUGACUCUGACUGCAACAAGACAAGUGGAGAGUGUCGCUGUAAGGACAACCACUACUGUCCUGAAGGCAGCGACACCUGCCUGCUGUGCGACUGCUACCCGAUCGGCUCGUUCUCCAGAGCUUGUGACCGAGAGAGCGGCCAGUGUCAGUGUAAACCCGGAGUCAUCGGCCGUCAGUGUGACCGCUGUGACAACCCGUUCGCUGAGGUUUCUGCUAACGGCUGUGAAGUAAUCUAUGACAGCUGCCCUCAGGCCAUCGAGGCUGGAAUAUGGUGGCCCAGGACUAAGUUUGGUCUCCCUGCAGCGGUUCCCUGUCCCAAGGGAACUCUGGGCACAGCGAUCCGACACUGUGAUGAGCACAAGGGCUGGCUGCCUCCCAAUCUCUUCAACUGCACCUCCAUUACCUUCAGCAAGCUGAAAGCUCUGUCUGACAAGUUUUCCCGCAACGCGUCGCUCCUCGACUCCGGACAUGUUCAGCAGACAGCAGCCAUGCUGGCCAACGCCACCCUGCACACAGAGAAAUACUACGGCAGCGAUGUGAAAGUGGCCUAUCGGCUCACACAGAGUCUCCUGCAGCACGAGAGCAGCCAGCAGGGCUUCAACCUCACGGCGACGCAGGACGUUCACUUCACUGAGAAUCUGGUCCGUGUGGGCAGCGCCAUCCUGUCUGCAGACACCCGGCCACACUGGGAGCUGAUCCAGCACUCGGAGGGCGGCACGGCGGCGCUGCUGCGCCACUACGAGGAAUACGCAAACACACUGGCACAGAACAUGAGGAAGACCUACCUCAGCCCCUUCACCAUCGUCACACCAAACAUAGUGAUCUCUGUGGACCGUCUGAAAAAGAUGAAUUUUGCUGGAGCCAAACUACCGCGGUACCAAUCCCUGAGAGGUCCUCGUCCUGCAGAUCUGGAGACGGCCGUCACUCUUCCUGACUCAGUCUUUCAGCCACCUGUGGACACUAAAGGCCACAGACACCUGGACGUCUUCCCAGAGUCCUCGAUGAGGAAUCGCUCAGCUAACAGGAAGAGACGCCACCCAGAUGACAGCCAGCAGGAUGCCAUCGCCAGCGUGAUCAUCUUCCACAGCCUGGCCUCGCUGCUACCAGAGAGCUACGACCCCGACAAGAGGAGCCUCCGCGUCCCAAAGCGUCCGGUCAUCAACACGCCGGUGGUCAGCAUCACGGUUCACGACAACGACGAGCUGCUGCAACAUGCGCUGGACAAACCCAUCACUGUGCAGUUCCGCCUGGUCACCACUGAGGAGCGCUCCAAACCCAUCUGUGUCUUCUGGAACCACAGCAUACUUGCUGGAAAUGGCGGCUGGUCGGCGAAAGGCUGCGAGGUGGUUUUCAGAAACAGCACCCACAUCAGCUGCCAGUGUUACCACAUGACCAGCUUUGCUGUGCUCAUGGACAUCUCCAGGAGGGAGAACGGAGAGAUCCUGCCAAUCAAAAUCCUGACCUGGAGCACAGCUGGUGUGACACUGGGCUUCCUCUUCCUCACCACCAUCUUCCUCCUCUGCCUGAGAGCCAUGCAGUGCAACAAGACCAGCAUAAUCAACAACGGAGCCACCGCUCUCUUCCUCUCCGAGCUCAUCUUCAUUCUGGGCAUCAACCAGGCCGACAACCCGUUUCUGUGCACAGUCAUCGCCAUCCUGCUGCACUUCCUCUACCUCUGCACCUUCUCCUGGCUCUUCCUGGAGGGUCUGCACGUCUACCGCAUGAUCAGUGAAGUCCGAGACAUCAACUACGGACCCAUGAGGUUCUACUACCUGAUCGGCUGGGGAGUUCCUGCCUUCAUCACAGGUUUGGCAGUUGGACUGGACCCAGAAGGCUACGGGAACCCAGAUUUCUGCUGGCUGUCGAUGUACGACACCCUGAUCUGGAGCUUUGCUGGACCCAUCGCCAUGGUGGUGUCGAUGAACGUCUUCCUGUACAUCCUGUCGUCCAAAGCUUCCUGUUCGCUGAGACACCACAGCAUCGAGAAGAAGGAGUCUCGUGUCUCGGGCCUGAAGACCGCAGGUUGCGUCCUCUUCCUGGUUUCCGUCACGUGUUUUCUGGCGCUGCUCUCCGUCAACAGUGACAUGAUCAUCUUCCACUACCUGUUCGCUGGGUUCAACUGUGUGCAGGGCCCCUUUGUUUUCUUCUUCCGCAUCGUCUUCAAUAAGGAAGCAAGGAACGCCAUGAAAUACUGCUGCAGCCGCAAGCGCCCGGAUCAUAUGAUCAAAUCCAAGGCUGCUGGCUAUAAAUGCAACACAAACUACAUGGACGGCAGGUUGUAUCACCUCCCCUUCGGAGACUCUAGUGUGUCUCUGAACGGCACCAUGCAGAGCGGCAAGAGCCAGCAGAGCUACGUGCCAUUUGUCCUCCGGGACGACGGUUUAAGUAACAGUCAGGCGCACAUCGCUCUGAACGACCACGCAUCUCUCUUCCACGAAACUAAGAAGCACUUGGAUGAUCAUGACAGCGACUCCGACAGCGAUUUGUCUCUUGAGGACGACCAGAGCGGCUCCUACGCCUCCACGCACUCCUCUGACAGCGAGGAUGAGGAGGGUCCCCUCCCACCUGAGGAAUGCUGGGAAAACCUGGCGUCUAAUGGGACCAAGAGACCUCAACCACACGACAACAGUCUGACUAAGAUGUACUGGCCUGGAGAUUACGCAGAAGCACUAAAUGACAGCGAGCUCCCUGGUGGAGACAGACUGAAGAUGGAAACUUUUUCCAAUCCAGAGCAGAGCCUCGGUCGUGACACCCGGACGUUAUCAGAUGAGCGGACACAGGACGCCACGACGCUGCUGCUGCUGCCUAGUCUGCCAAACUUCAACGCCCACCCACAUAAAGGGAUCUUAAAGAAGAAGCAGCUUUCUCCCAUCAUAGAGAGGAACGGUCUCAACCGCAUCCACAAUGAACUGUGUGAAAACGCUCCGGGCACAGCGUCUCCGCAGGGAUCCUCCUCCAGUGACGGUCGAGCCGGUCCGGCUAAACCCGGCUUCCCAGACCAGCUGAACGGUGUGGCUCUGAGCAUCAAGGCGGGGACGGUGGACGGUGACUCGUCAGGUUCAGACAGCCACUGCAACACCUCCAUGUGACCUCGCUGAUGGAGGGGUGUGUCUUUGCAGGUCAUAGAGCCUCCUUCCUCCACAGUGACUGCAAACAAGGAGCACCGGACGUCCCCUUCAACACAAGACAAAAACAUGGAAAAAGAAGGAUUUCCCCCUUUAACAUCAUCAUCAUCAUCAUCAUGAUCCUCUGAAGGAGUGUGUACAUGUUGUACUGUACGUCCGUGUGUGUCUGUGUGUGUGAGUUCAUACAUGUGUGCCAAACCUCAGGAGUCACUGCACUGGACGAGCUCAUGCACACCGACAGAACGAGUCUCACUCUCCCUUUAAGGAAAUCAUUUUGUUUACAUACUUGAAGCAAUGCACUUUUUUUUUUCAAAAUUUACUGCCCAGAUUUGUUGGUGGUCGACUUGUUUUUUUAAAAUUUUGAAGUACUUUUCUUUUUUUUGUUCCAAUAUAUAUAUAUUGUUUUGAAGACUGUGGAACAAUAAAGAGGUCAUGCUUUUCGGGUGGGCCAUUUAGCUGUAGACUUGCAAACAUUCAGGGAAAUUCAUUUUUUCAUGCAGAACUGUUUUGUGAAGUCUUUCUGGUUUGCCUGCUUUUGUUACUGUCUGUGCCAGUCGAAGGUUUGAGGAGUUCAGACUGACAUCUCAUGUCUGAAAUGUCCAAGACUCACAGUGAGUGCAGACGCAGAGGCUCAUUAUGUAUUCGUGAAUUGAACUUGAAAAAGAAUCGCUGUAUCUGCCUGUCAAUGGAUGCUCCACAUAAGCUAUUUCUCAUCGAUGAAGGAUGCUUCCAGAGGCAACAGCUGUUCACAGCUGCAUCAGACUGACGGCCUUCAAGGGGGCAAACCUGCAUGUGCAGACCUAAAGAGGACUCAGAGGACUUUUGAUACGUCUUCUUUUUGUUUUUGUAAAUCAGAGCACAUUUUUUAUGGACGUUACAAUCGCUCUCACUUUUUCAUCAUUCUAUCUGAGGGAUGAACGCAUUCAUUGGAGUUCAGUGACUAAACAUGUAUUUUAUAGAUUAGCAAACAGAGCUUUUGUCUUUUGUAAAAUAAUUAAAAUACAUGCAAAUUUGUGCUGUAAUACAUUCUGAGCUGUAAUCCAUUUUUACUGUACAGAGUGGCCUGUAAAUGAAUCAAGAACAUACCUUUAAAUGUAAGUAAAUAUGUAAACUUCCUACACACAUUCAGAAAUUGUUUAUAGGAAACACUUGGGCGGAAAUAUCUUUUACAAAUUCCUACUUUUAAGUCAGAUUGAUGUCAUAUUUGUGGAUGCCAUUUUUACCAACCAUAUGAGUUUAAUGUAUAUAUUUUAUGCCAUAAGAGUCAACGACCAAGUCAAUCAUGGAGUUCUAACACUGGUGUCCAAACAGAGGAUUGUCUCUUUUAGUCUGCUGCUCCUGUUUUUACUGAUUAAACUGUUUUCUACCAUUUCCAUGUUACCUCAAAUUUUCUAUCAGUGCCAAUUCAAAAAGCAUCACUGUGUUUGGUUUUUUUUCCUGUUUGUGAUGUAUUUUGCAACACAGCUGUUUGCUGACAUCAAGAUGCAACUGUACAAGUGGAAUAAUCAGACAUUUGCUAUAAAACCGUGACUUUCAUUACAAAAAAAUUGCAGCUCUUUUAUGUCCACUUGAAUGAAUUUCCCUUGAAUCUGUCACCAUGCAGCUGAUACUGGACAUUUUGAGAAACACACUUAAUGAGUGUGUAGGAGGAGGUUUAUACCCAACUCAAACUGGGAAACAUGCCUCUGACUGAAGAGGACAAGUCUGUGUACCAUCACCUCUGAAGCUCACUAAUUAAGAUGUUAUUUUUUUUUUUUUAAAUCUUAAUGAGAAACAUUAAAAUGACAAUUUGCCAUUUUAGUGGAGGGUUAUGUACCAGGUUAUACAUUCAGUUCACAGUCAAGAAAUAGUCCAACAUGUAACUGCCAGCAUUAGCGAGCUUCAGAAGUGCCAGUAGACAGUUUUGUCUGGAGUCCUGCCAGCUUUAUACAGUUUUUCUGCUAAGCUAAGUUAGCUAGGUGUUGACUGUAGUUUUGUAUUCAUCAGACAGGCCUGAGAAAAGAAUCACAUCUCAGCUGUUGUUUAUUUGUUGUGUUAAAAACUGCUCAUUCUAGCAUUCAGCUGCUUCACACACACACACACCACACACUGUAGGUGUCCUACAAAGCAAUGACGUCUCUAAAAAAAAAUGGCAGUUUUUUUUUUGAGAAUAAUUUACGUCCAUACAAUAAAUGUGUGAGUGAAAGAAUUUUCAAGUUUAACAGUAUUGUUGUGUUGCUGCUCUCAGAGGUGAUUUCAACAAGCCACAUAAGAUCAAAAUAAAGUUCAAUGAUGUGUUUGGA